CCACCAUGUCUCUCCAUGCAGUAGGUCUGGCCAGCUACAGCAGCGCGGAAGUCUUCAAGCGCCCCUGCUCCGAAAAGAUAAACCACGAAAGCCUAAAGGUGGCUUUCACCGAGUCAGCGUACUCUUCAAAUCCCUCAGCGAGGAUUAGCUGCCUUGCUCCGACACCUCAAAUCUCCGUUCUCUCAGAUGAAUUCUCGAGGCCAGCAGUGAUUGGACAUGCUGGAAGUUUUGGAUCAUACCCAGACAGUGCUGAAGCUAUCAAAGACAUUCUCAUGUCUGUUUUAAAUGCAUCUGGUUUGAAGCCCUCUUUGGUGCUGGAGCAGACCACGAUGCAGGGAGCUGAGCAUCUGGACAGUGACAUGGAACAGUGGGAAGAAAGCAGCGACGGGGAUAGCCAUGAUGACAGCGACAGUGAUUCUGCACAUCACAAUGCUGCCUGUACGCAAACAGACAUUCGGUUUACAAGGCACAGGGCAUGUUGGGAUAACACACACUGCAAUUCCUCUAAACCUUCACUGGAUACUUUCUUUUGUCCCCGUUACUCUGACGGGGACCCUGCUGCUUCCUCCUCCUUGAAUGGUUUCACUCUUUCGGAUGUGUCCCCUCUGAAGCGGGACUGCUUUACCCAGGUGACGUUAACGGGAGGCACUGUCACAUCGGCUGUUGUGCAUUCUAGAAAGGAACGUUACACCUCCCCUGAACGAGACUUGACUUUCACAAGGUUUCUUCCUGGUUCAACUGUUGGUAAGCCAGCAGAUCUGUUGAAAUACCCUGGUGCUUUGGAGCCUGUGCCCAUCAGCAGCAGUGACAGCAGUUCUCCCAGUGGACUUUCCCAGCCAGAGCCAGUCAAUCAAACAGGUCCUGCUUCCCUGUUGAAUGUAAGUGCUGUACCCUUGAAUCGUGCGUUGCAGGACAUCUGCAUGCUUCCAGAAGAUGUGGAGAAGGAAAACGCACACUUUUUUGUUGCAGAUAUGAUUAUAGCAUCACUAGAAAAAAUGAAAUAUAAUAUCCUAAGCCAACAAGCAGAGUCGUGGGGUGUGGAGGAAACAAGCGGAUCAGAUGGCAGCUAUCACACUGACUUGGAGUUAUCUUCUUACCCUGGGGUGAAGAAGUCUGAUUCUUCUGUUGCCUCUUCAGACAGUGGUUACGAAGGCUGUGCUCUGCUGCCCGUUAGCUCCCCAGUGCAUCUGCCAUCACAUCAUGAGGUUACCAGAUUUCAUUGCCACAGUGACUCAGAGGACGAAUAUGUAAUUAUUGAACUUGAAGACCUCGAAAAUCUGUCUGUCGCCCCAGAUGAAAGAUCAUCUUUUGAACCAGGCAGCAAUUCUGCUGAAGCAACAGCCCAGGAGUUGUGCAGAGCUUUCAGAAAACACUGGUUGCAGACAGACUCUGCAGUUCAACUGUCUGGUUGCCUGAGCACAUCUAAGCAGAGAUCUGUGCUGAAAGAAGAGAUUCCAAGAGAGCUUGAGUCCAGUUUGAAUCUGGCUGAAGAAAUAAAGAUCAUAUCCAAACUAAGAGGAUCUUCUGGCUGGGCCCCACCAAGAUCGCAGAUUAUAUUUAAUAUUCACCCUUCAGUCAAGAGAGAUGCAGUGGUGGCUGCCCAGAACUUUACGUGUGUUGGUUGUGGAACCCCGAUAGAAAACAAAUAUAUCAGGAGACUCCGCUAUUGUGACUACCUGGGGAAAUACUUUUGUGACUGCUGCCACAGCUAUGCCCAGUCUUCCAUUCCUGCCCGAAUACUGAUGAAGUGGGACUUCAAAAAAUACUACGUAUGCAACUUCUCCAAACACCUUCUGGACAGCAUAUGGCAGCACCCAAUAUUCAAUGUGUCAUGUAUUAACAAAACCCUCUACACGAAAAGUAAAGAAAUGGACAGGGUGAGGGAGGCUCAAGAACAGCUCUUUCAUUUAAAAAAGCUUUUGAAAACCUGCAGGUUUGGUGAAAGUGUACUGAAAGGAUUUGAACAGGUCCCCAGCCAUCUGACAGAGGAGCUGCAUCUCUUCUCCCUGGAUGACCUGGUGAAGAUCAAACGAGGGCAGUUACUGCCCCUUCUUAAAGAUAUUCUGAAGAGCUCUACCUCCCAUGUGGAUGGUUGCGAGCUCUGUCAAGCAAAGGGCUUUAUCUGUGAAUUCUGUCAGAGCGCAGAUCUGCUCUUUCCACAUCAGAUUGCCAAAUGCAAAAGGUGCACAGAGUGCAAAACGUGCUUUCACAAAGCAUGCUUCAAGGCUGGAGGCUGCCCCAAAUGUCUGCGGAUCACAGCUCGGAGGAUGCUUUCAGAAACUUCGCCACUGGUGCCUCCGUGAAACUGCAUUCCUCUGACUGCUGAUUUCAGAAGAUGCUCAAAGCCAA